AUGAUGAAAACCUGCGGUUCCCCAGAAAAUAAAUUGUCACCUUUUUGGAUCACCUUAGUUUUCACAAUUAUAGGCGCUGAAUGCAUCAUUGGUAUCUUUGCAAAUGGAUUCAUCGUGGCUAUAAAUGCAGCUGAAUGGAUUCAGAAUAAGGCAGUUUCCACAAGUGGCAGGAUCCUGCUUUUCCUGAGCGUAUCCCGAAUAGCUCUCCAAAGCUUCCUGAUGCUAGAACUUACCUUCAGCUCAACAUCCCCAAGUUUUUAUAAUGAAGAUGUUGUAUAUGACACAUUCAAAGUAAGUUUCAUGUUCUUAAAUUAUUGUAGCCUCUGGUUUGCUGCCUGGCUCAGUUUCUUCUACUUUGUGAAGAUUGCUGAUUUCUCCUACCCCGUUUUCCUCAAGCUGAAGUGGAGAAUUUCUGGAUUGAUGCCCUGGCUUUUAUGGCUAUCAAUGCUUAUUUCCUUGGGCAACAGUGUGGUCUUCUUCAAAGACAUCUACACCGUGUAUUCUAACAAUUCUUUUCCUAUCCCCUCCUCCAACUCCACUGAGAAAAAAUACUUCACUGAGACAAAUGUGUUCAAUCUGGUUCUUUUCUAUUACCUGGGGAUCCUCAUUCCUCUGAUCAUGUUCAUCCUUGCAGCCACCCUGCUGAUCAUCUCUCUCAAGAAACACACCCUACACAUGGAAAGUAAUGCCACUGGCUUCAGGGACCCCAGCAUGGAGGCUCACAUGGGGGCCAUCAAAGCUACCAGCUACUUUCUCAUUCUCUACGUUUUCAAUGCAAUUGCUCUGUUUCUCUAUAUGUCCAACAUCUUUGACAUCAACAGUUCCUGGAACAUUUCGUGCAAAAUCAUCAUGGCGGCCUACCCUGCUGGUCACUCCAUUCUACUGAUUCAGGACAACCCUGGGUUGAGAAGAGCCUUGAAGAGGCUUCAGGCUCGAGUUCAUCUUUACCUAAAAGACUAGACUCUAUGACUAACACUCAGAUAAUACCACAACACCUAACCCAACCAGCUCUGCUUUUCCCUCACCUGGUGGGGGGAGGGGGGUUUCUCUUCCUGCCUCCUUUCUACCCCAAACCUGAUUUGAUCUUUUUACCUGAUGUGGUUUUUUUGUAUAAGAGGUUGAUAUUCAUUUCUGUCUUUUACUUCAUGGCACAAUCUUAGUGAUGCUUGACAUAUUCUUUACCUGAUCCUUCUUUUUCUACCUCUCUUUGUUCUGUC